AUGGCUCAAAAUCCGGAUGAUAUAUCAAUGGUGAUUCAAAUGAUGAUACCAUAUAAAACUGUGUACGGUUUUCCAAAAAAAUGUUCUAAAAUUACUGAAUAUCAAACAAUUACUGAAGCAGAUCUUCGUGAAAAUUAUCGAACAUGUCAAAUGGAAGCAUUGAAAAGAUGGCGUAUUACUUUCUAUUCAUAUUAUACUGAAACUUCAAAUUUUUGCUGUUUUGUAUAUGAUGUUUUACAUUGUGAAAAUAGAGCCCUAUAUGAAUGUGAUUCUGAUUAUGCGGAUAAUAAUGAAAAAGAAACACGUCGUUUAUUUGAUAAAUCAUGUGAAUCGAUUAUGAUGAAUAAUGGUUGCAAUAUGGAUGGUGAUGGAAAUAAUCAUAAAAUUCUUGUAUAUGUUACUACCGGUGUGGUUGUAAUUGUUGCCAUUGUAUCAUUAACAUAUUUUGGUUGGAAAAUGUAUAGUCAAUAUUAUGGCAAAAGUCAGGAAUUGAAAUUAGAAUUGAAUGCAAAAAAAGCAUUUAAGAAAGAAAAAUUUGAUAGAUUAUAUGAAAUUGAAUCCAUACAUAAGGUUUAUGAUAAUGAACUGGAUAAUAUGGACAAUGAAUGGUUACAAAAAAUGACCGACCUAAUGAUGGAGAAAGAAAAAUUGAAAAAAAAUAAAGGAUGGUUUAGUGCAAUAUUUGGAACGAAAAAAGAAAAA